AUGGGCAACGAGGCCAGCCUGGAGGGCGGCGCUGGCGACGGGCCUCUGCCGCCCGGAGGCUCCGGCCCCGGCCCGGGCCCCGGUGCAGGGAAGCCGCCUUCAGCACCGGCAGGCGGAGGACAGCUCCCGGCCACAGGCGGGGCGCGGGCGACCGCCGGACCAGCCGGUCCAGGCCCCGGGCCUGCGGCUAGCCCGGGCAGUGUUCCCCGGAGACUGGACCCCAAGGAGCCCCUGGGUAGCCAGAGAGCAGCUUCCCCAACCCUGAAGCAGCCUUCUGCUACCACUCCCGGCCAUGAAAGCCCCCGGGAGACGAGGGCGCAGGGCCCUGCAGGCCAGGAGGCUGACGGCCCCCGCAGGACGCUGCAGGUAGACAGCAGGACGCAGAGAUCAGGGCGGUCCCCCUCUGUGUCACCAGACAGAGGCAGCACCCCCACAUCACCCUACUCCGUCCCCCAGAUCGCCCCCCUUCCCAGCAGCACGCUGUGUCCCAUAUGUAAGACCUCGGACCUCACGUCGACCCCCAGCCAGCCAAACUUCAACACCUGCACCCAGUGUCACAACAAGGUCUGCAACCAGUGUGGGUUCAACCCCAACCCUCACCUCACCCAGGUGAAGGAGUGGCUGUGUCUGAACUGCCAGAUGCAGAGGGCUCUGGGGAUGGACAUGACCACGGCGCCUCGCUCCAAGAGCCAGCAGCAGCUGCACUCCCCGGGCCUGUCUCCUGCCCACUCCCCAGCCAAACAGCCCCUGGGGAAGCCGGAGCAAGAGAGAGCUCGGGGCCCAGGGGGACCACAGCCUGGCCCCCGCCAGGCCGAGACAGCCAGGGCCACCUCAGUACCGGGGCCUGCCCCAGCCGCCGCUCCUCCAGAGGUGGGGAGGGUGUCUCCCCAGCCCUCUCUCCCCAUCAAGCCUUCCACAGCUGAGCCCAGGCCCCCGGCAGGAGAGGCUCCGGCCAAGAGUGCCACUGCAGCGCCCUCCGGGCCUGGUGCUGCUGAGCCAACCCAGGAGGGCCUCACUGGGAAGCUCUUUGGCCUUGGUGCGUCGCUGCUGACCCAGGCGAGCACCCUCAUGUCUGCGCAGCCUGAAGCGGACUCCCAGGGCCAGCCUGCUCCCAGCAAGGGGCCGCCCAAGAUCGUCUUCAGCGAUGCCAGCAAGGAGGCUGGCCCAAGACCCCCAGGCUCAGGGCCUGGGCCCGGGCCCGCAACUGGAGCCAAAACUGAGCCUGGAUCAGGGCCCAGAGCCCAGGCGAGAACUGGGGGAACCACCAGCCCAAAGCAUGGCAGAACAGAACACCAGGCAGCAUCGAAGGCUGCUGCCAAGCCAAAGACCACACCGAAGGAAAGGGCCACCUGCCCACUGUGCCAAGCCGAGCUCAACGUGGGCAGCAAGGGCCCCGCCAACUAUAACACCUGCACCACCUGCAAACUCCAGGUGUGCAACCUGUGUGGCUUCAACCCGACGCCCCACCUGGUGGAGAAAACCGAGUGGCUUUGUCUGAACUGCCAAACUAAGCGGCUUCUGGAGGGCAGCCUGGGAGAGCCGACACCCCUGCCGCUGCCUGCUUCACAGCAGCCCCCCUCGGGGGCCCCUCACCGAACAGCUGGAACAGCCCCUCCAAAACAGAAAGGGCCACAGGGGCCGGGCCAGCCAUCAGGCCCCCCGCCUGCCAAGGCCACCCCCCAGCCCACCAAGGCCACCCCCCCGCCCACCAAGGCCACCCCCCUGCCCACCAAGGCCAGUCCCCAGGCCAAGCCCGCCAGGGCUUCUGAACCCAGCAGGACCCCGAGCAGCGCCCAGGAAAAGAAGACAGGAGUCCCAGCUAAAGCCGAGCCUGUGCCGAAGCCCCCUCCAGAGACCACCCUGCCCCCUGGGACUCCUAAGGCAAAGGCUGGGGUGCGGAGGACUGAACCCAGCACCCCCACCACCAAGGCUGUUCCAGAAGCCCCCAAGGGUGGGGAGACGGAGGAGCCAGGGGGCAAGCCUUACUCUCAGGACCUGUCUCGGAGCCCACAGAGCCUCAGCGACACAGGUUAUUCCUCUGACGGCAUUUCCAGCUCGCAGAGCGAGAUCACCGGUGUCGUGCGCCAGGAGGUGGAGCAGCUGGACAGCGCGGGGGUGACGGGGCCCCGCCCGCCCAGCCCCUCGGAGCUCCACAAGGUGGGGAGCAGCAUGCGGCCUUCGCUGGAGGCCCAGGGCCCAGCCCCCAGUGGCGAGCGGAGCAGGCCGCCGAGCGGCAGUGCCAAGGAGCAGAAGCGGCGGCCCCACUCUUUGUCCAUCAUGCCUGAGGCGUUCAACUCUGACGAGGAGCUGGAGGAGAUCUUAGAGGAGGAAGAAGACUCCGCGGAGUGGGGGCGCCAGGGGGAGCAGCAGGAUGCAGCGGAGUCCUCUGAUGACUUCGGGAGCCAGCUGAGGCACGACUAUGUGGAGGACAGCAGCGAGGGUGGCCUGUCCCCUCUCCCGCCCCAGCCCCCAGCCCGGGCGGCAGACCUGACCGACGAGGAGUUCAUGCGGCGGCAGAUCCUGGAGAUGAGCGCCGAGGAAGACAACCUGGAGGAGGACGAGGCCGCCCCCACCGGGCCCGGCCCGGCCAAACAUGUCUCCCAAAAGGGUGGGCCCCGGCCCCGGCCCCGGCCCGAGCCCAGCCAAGAGCCAGGAGCGCUGCCCAAGAGGCGCCUGCCCCACAACGCCACCACGGGCUAUGAGGAGCUGCUGUCCGAGGGAGGCCCCGUGGAGGAUGUGGACGGCGCUGCUGGGGCCCUGCAGGGCGGGCUCCGCCGCUUCAAGACCAUUGAGCUCAAUAGCACAGGCAGCUACGGCCAUGAGCUGGACAUGGGCCCAGGUCCCGACCCCAGUCUGGACCGGGAGCCCGAGCUGGAGAUGGAGAGCCUGACGGGCUCACCCGAGGACCGCUCCCGCGGGGAGCACUCAUCCACGCUGCCAGCCUCCACGCCCAGCUACACAUCGGGCACCUCACCCACCUCCCUGUCCUCUCUGGAGGAGGACAGUGACAGCAGCCCCAGCCGCCGGCAACGGCUGGAGGAGGCCAAGCAGCAGCGCAAGGCCCGGCACCGCUCACACGGGCCCCUGCUGCCCACCAUCGAGGACUCCUCGGAGGAGGAGGAGCUGCGGGAGGAGGAGGAGCUGCUGAGGGAGCAGGAGAAGAUGCGGGAGGUGGAGCAGCAGCGUAUCCGCAGCACGGCCCGCAAGACCCGGCGGGACAAGGAGGAGCUGCGGGCCCAGCGGCGGCGCGAGCGCUCCAAGACCCCCCCCAGCAACCUAUCACCCAUCGAGGACGCCUCGCCCACGGAGGAGCUGAGGCAGGCGGCUGAGAUGGAGGAGCUCCACCGCUCCUCCUGCUCCGAGUACUCGCCCUCACCUUCCCUCGACUCAGAGGCCGAGGCCCCGGAGGGGGGCCCUGGCCGGCUCUACAAGUCGGGUAGUGAGUACAACCUGCCCACCUUCAUGUCCCUCUACUCUCCCACCGAGACCCCCUCGGGCAGCACCACGACCCCCAGCUCCGGCCGGCCCCUCAAGAGCGCUGAGGAGGCCUACGAGGAGAUGAUGCGGAAGGCCGAGCUGCUCCAGCGGCAACAGGGCCAGGCGGCAGGGGGCCGUGGGCCCCACGGUGGUCCCUCUCAGCCCGCAGCUCCCCGGGCCCAGGGUUCCUUUGAAUACCAGGACACCCCAGACCGUGACUAUGGCGGGGUUGCUCAGCCGGUCGCGGAGGGCACGCCAGCCGGCCUGGGAGCAGCCGUGUACCAGGAGAUCCUCCAGACGUCCCAGAGCAUCGCCCGCAUGCACCAGGCCUCCUCGCGGGACCUGGCCUUUGCUGAGGACAAGAAGAAAGAGAAACAGUUUCUGAACGCCGAGAGUGCGUACAUGGACCCAAUGAAACAGAAUGGCGGCCCACUCACCCCUGGUACCAGUCCCACCCAGCUUGCUGCCCCCGUGUCUUUCGCCACCUCCACCACCUCAGACAGCAGCGGGGGCCGAGUCAUCCCUGAUGUCCGUGUGACUCAGCAUUUUGCAAAGGAGCCUCAGGACCCCGUCAAGCUGCACAGUGCUCCUGCCUCCCCCAGCUCCACCUCCAAGGAAGUAGGCAUAGGCUUUGCCCAGGGCCCCGGGGCCUCGGCCUCCACGGCUGCAACCCCUGGUCCGGCUGGCCUGCCACGAGGGUACAUGGCUCCGACCUCCCCAGCAGCCUCUGAGCGUAGCCCUUCACCCUCUUUUGCUGGCCAUGGCUAUGGACAGAGCCCGGCCACUGCAAACUAUGGGUCUCAAACUGAGGAGCUACCCCAGGCCCCCCGUGGCCCAGCUGUCAGUGGGCGGGCUACCAGAGAGAAGCCCCUGGGCGUGAGUGAGGGUGAGAGUGGCCCCCCACAGACCUCCCGGGGAUAUCCCUAUUUUGCGGGCUCCAGCCCCCCUCUCUCUCCAUCUUCUCCCUCAGAGAGUCCCACAUUCUCCCCUGGCAAGCUGGGCCCAAGGGCCACCGCGGAGUUCUCUACACAGACGCCAAGCCCGACCCCUGCCUCAGACACGCCACGGAGCCCUGGCGCCCCUGCGCCGACACCCACGGUGGCUCAGGGCACACAAACGCCCCACCGACCCAGCACGCCUCGCCUGGUAUGGCAGCAGUCCUCUCAGGAUGGCCCGUUCAUGGUUAUCACCCUGGCAUCAGAUGCCUCCAGCCAGACCAAGAUGGUCCAUGCCAGUGCCUCCACUUCCCCAGUGUGCUCACCUGUUGACACCCAGCCCACCACCCACAGCUACAGCCAGACAACACCUCCAAGUGGGGCUCAGCCCCCUGAGCUGCCUGGGCCCCCUGGCUUUCCACGGGCACCCAGCGCUGGUGCAGAUGGGCCCCUGGCAGUGUAUGGCUGGGGCGCCCUGCCUGCCGAGAACAUCUCCUUGUGCCGGAUCUCCUCCGUCCCUGGAACGUCUAGGGUUGAGCCCGGCCCCAGGCCCCCGGGCAGUGCCGUGGUAGACCUUCGCACCGCCGUCAAGCCCACACCCAUCAUCCUCACUGACCAGGGCAUGGACCUGACCUCUCUGGCCGUGGAAGCAAGGAAGUAUGGCCUGGCUCUGGAUCCAAUCCCGGGACGCCAGUCAACCGCUGUGCAGCCUCUAGUGAUCAACCUCAAUGCCCAGGAGCAGACACAUGCCUUCCUCAGCACCGCCACCACCGUGAGCAUCACCAUGGCCUCCUCUGUGCUCAUGGCUCAGCAGAAGCAGCCUGUGGUCUAUGGAGACCCCUUCCAGAGCCGGCUUGACUUUGGCCAGGGUGCGGGGAGCCCAGUGUGCUUGGCCCAGGUCAAGCAGGUAGAGCAGGCCGUCCAGACUGCGCCAUAUCGUGGUGGGCCUCGGGGAAGACCCCGGGAGACUAAGUUUGCCAGGUAUAACCUGUCCAACCAGGUAGCACCUUUGGCCAGAAGGGACGUUUUGAUCACUCAGGUGAGCCCGGCGCAGAGUGUUGGCCUCAAGUCGGGCCCAGUGCCAGAGCCCGGUACUGAACCCCAUCGGGCCGCCCCUACAGAGCUGCGGUCGCACGCCCUGCCAGGCGCCAGGAAGCCACACACGGUGGUGGUGCAGGUGGGCGAAGGUGCAGCAGGCACCGUGAGCACCCUGCUCCCAGAGGAGCCGGCAGGGGCCCUGGACCUCACGGGCAUGAGGCCUGAGAGUCAGCUGGCAUGCUGUGACAUGGUCUACAAGUUCCCCUUUGGCAGCAGCUGCACAGGCAGCUUCCGUGCCGCCCCAAGCGCACCUGAGAGGAGUGUGGCAGAAGUUGCCCCACCUGGCCAAAGCAGCGGCCCCUUCUACAGUCCCCGGGACCCAGAACCUCCCGAGCCCCCCACCUACCGGGCACAGGUGGUCGGGGGACCCGGCCCCCACGAGGAGCAGAGGCCCUACCCACAGGGCCUCCCCGGCAGGCUGUAUUCCUCUAUGUCUGACACCAAUCUGGCUGAGGCCGGCCUCAACUACCAUGCCCACAGGUUUGGGCAGCUCUUCCAGGGCCCAGGGCGAGACUCGGCCAUGGACCUCAGCUCCCUGAAGCACUCCUACAGCCUGGGCUUUGCAGACGGCCGCUACCUCGGGCAGGGCUUGCAGUACAGUUCAUUCACUGACCUGCGUCACCCCACAGACCUUUUGACUCACCCGCUUCCCAUGCGGCGGUACAGCUCAGUGUCAAACAUCUACUCAGACCACAGGUAUGGCCCACGGGGAGACACAGCUGGCUUCCAGGAGGCCAGCCUGGCCCAGUACAGCGCCACCACAGCCCGUGAGAUAAGCCGUAUGUGCGCGGCCCUCAACUCCAUGGACCAGUACGGAGGGCGGCACGGCAGCGGUGGUGGGGGCACCGACCUCAUGCAGUAUCAGCCCCAGCCCGGGCUCAGUGCCCCGCAGGGCCUGGCUCCCCUGAGACCUGGCCUCCUUGGGAACCCCACCUUCCCGGAGGGCCAGGGGAGUCCUGGAAACCUGGCCCAGUACCGGCCUACAGCCGGCCAGGCCGCAGCAGUCAGACAGCUGCUGCCAUCCACAGCCACUGUGCGGGCAGCCGAUGGCAUGAUCUACUCGACCAUCAACACUCCAAUUGCUGCAACACUGCCCAUCACCACGCAGCCUGCCUCAGUCCUGCGGCCCAUGGUGCGUAGUGGCAUGUACAGGCCUUACCCACCCGGUGGAGUCGCAGCCGUGCCACUUGCCAGCCUGACGCGCCUGCCUGUGAUUGCCCCUCGCGUCCCUCUCGGGCCCACGGGGCUGUACCGAUACCCUGUACCAAGUAGAUUCCCCGCCCCUGCCAGUGUUCCACCCUCUGAGGGUCCCGUCUACCUGGGGAAGCCGGCUGCUGCCAAGGCCCCAGGGACUGGGGGGCCCCCCAGGCCAGAGCUGCCUGCUGGGGCUGCUCGGGAAGAACCCCUUUCCACAGCACCCCCUGCUGCUGCCAAAGAGGCGGGAGCAGCCCCAGCCCUGGGGACGGGCCAGAAGCCGCUAGGAGAGGCCACUCCCGGGGGUGGCAGCGGGCCCCUGGGCCGGCCGGGGCUGGAGAGGGAGGAUGCCUUGCCGGAGGAGAGGCAGCGGAAACAGCAGGAGCAGCUGCUGCAGCUGGAGCGAGAGCGGGUGGAGCUGGAAAAGCUGCGGCAGCUGCGGCUGCAGGAGGAGCUGGAACGGGAACGUGUGGAGCUGCAGCGGCACCGUGAAGAGGAGCAGCUGCUGGUGCAGCGGGAGCUGCAGGAGCUGCAGACCCUCAAGCAUCACGUGCUGCAGCAGCAGCAGGAGGAGCGGCAGGCGCAGUUUGCCCUGCAGCGGGAGCAGCUGGCCCAACAGCGCCUGCAGCUAGAGCAGAUCCAGCAGCUGCAGCAGCAGCUGCAGCAGCAGCUGGAGGAACAGAAGCAGCGGCAGAAGCCACCCUUCCCGGUGGCCUGUGAGGCACCUAGCAGAGGGCCGCCCCCAGCCGCCCCAGAGCUGGCCCAGAACGGCCAGUACUGGCCACCCCUGACCCAUGCGGCCUUCAUCGCUGUGCCCGAGGGGUCCGGGCAGCCGCGUGAGCCCAUACCACACCGUGGUCUCCCCAGCUCUGCCUCGGACAUGUCGCUGCAGACGGAGGAGCCGUGGGAGGCGGGCCGCAGCGGCGGCCUCAAGAAGCGGCACUCCAUGCCACGCCUGCGGGACGCAUGCGAGCCGGAGUCGGCGCCCGAGCCCUGCGGGGUCAGGAGAAUCGCGGACAGCAGCGUGCAGACAGAUGACGAAGAUGGAGAGGGCCGCUACCUCCUGACCCGACGGCGCCGGGCACGGCGGAGCGCUGACUGCAGCGUGCAGACUGACGACGAGGACAGCGCCGAGUGGGAGCAGCCCGUGCGCCGCCGCCGGUCCCGUCUCUCCCGUCACUCAGACUCCGGCUCUGAUAGCAAGCACGAUGUGACGGCCUCCUCCUCCGCUGCUGCCCCCGCCGCAAGGGCCACCAGCAGUGUGGGCAUCCAGACCAUCAGUGACUGCUCCGUGCAGACGGAGCCUGACCAGCUACCCCGAGUCUCUCCAGCCAUCCACAUCACGGCUGUCACCGACCCCAAGGUGGAGAUCGUCAGGUACAUAUCAGCGCCCGAGAAGACUGGGCGCGGUGAGAGCCUGGCUUGCCAGACAGAGCCGGAGGGGCAAGCCCAGGGCGUGGCCGGGCCACAGCUCAUGGGGCCGACCGCCAUCAGUCCCUACCUGCCUGGCAUCCAGAUCGUCACCCCAGGUCCCCUGGGCAGAUUCGAAAAAAAGAAGCCGGAUCCCCUGGAAAUUGGAUACCAGGCCCACCUGCCCCCGGAGUCCCUCUCUCAGCUCGUGAGCCGCCAGCCUCCCAAGUCUCCCCAGGUCCUCUACUCACCAGUCUCCCCCCUGUCCCCACACCGGCUCCUGGACACCUCCUUUGCUUCCAGUGAGAGGCUGAACAAGGCUCACGUGAGUCCCCAGAAGCACUUCACAGCUGACAGCGCUUUCCGCCAGCAGACGCUGCCGCGCCCCAUGAAGACCCUGCAGCGCUCCCUGUCUGACCCUAAGCCCCUCAGCCCCACCGCCGAGGAGUCUGCCAAAGAGAGGUUCCCCCUCUACCAGCACCAGGGGGGACUGGGUAGCCAGGUGUCGGCGCUGCCGCCCAACGGCCUGGUCCGCAAGGUGAAGCGGACACUGCCCAGCCCCCCUCCAGAGGAGGCUCACCUGCCCCUGGCUGGCCAGGCUCCUCCCCCGCAGCUGUAUGCAGCCAGCCUGCUGCAGCGCGGGCUGGUGGGGCCCGCCACUGUCCCCGCCACCAAGGCCAGCCUGCUCCGGGAGCUGGACCGGGACCUACGGCUGGUGGAACAUGAGUCCACCAAGCUGCGCAAGAAGCAGGCGGAGCUGGAUGAGGAGGAGAAGGAGAUCGACGCCAAGCUCAAGUACCUGGAGCUGGGCAUCACCCAGCGCAAAGAGUCUCUGGCCAAAGACCGGGGUGGCCGGGACUACCCACCCUUGCGUGGUCUCAGCGAGCAUCGCGACUACCUGUCUGACAGUGAGCUCAACCAGCUGCGGCUCCAGGGCUGCGCCACCCCGGCUGGCCAGUACGCGGAGUUCCCCGUCACUGCCGCUGCUGCCGCCACCCCUGCCACUCCCUCCGGCUCCGCUGCUUUCCAGCCGCCCCGGUUCCCACCUCCAGCGCCACUGUACCCUGCAGGCAGCGCUGGGCCAACUCAGAACGGAUUCGCAGCCCACCAGCCACCCCCCUACCCCGGUCCCAGCACAUACCCAACACCUGCUUUUCCUCCUGGCACCAGUUACCCCGCUGAGCCUGGCCUGCCCAGCCAGCAAGUGUUCCGUCCCCCGGGCCAUUAUACAGCCCAGACGCCCCUGCCAACCACACAGACCACCCUUUUCCCAGCCCCGGCUGACAGCCGUGCCCCCCACCAGAAGCCACGCCAGACAUCACUGGCCGACUUGGAGCAGAAAGUGCCCACUAACUACGAGGUGAUCGCCAGCCCUGUUGUGGCCAUGUCCUCAACCCCAUCGGAAACCAGCUACAGCGGCCCUGGCCCCGCCGCCAGCAGCAGCUACGAACAGGGCAAGGCUCCCGAGCUGCCACGGGCCAGUGACCGCGGUGGUGUGAGCCUGAGCCCAGCCCCCAUCUACUCCUCCGACUCACACUACACCAGCCUGGAGCAGACUGUCCCCCGGAACUACGUGAUGAUCGACGACAUCAGUGAACUGACCAAGGACAGCACCUCCUCCACCGCCUCCGAAAGCCAGCGACUGGAGCCCCUGGGGCCGAGCAGCAGUGGGCGUCCAGCGAAAGAGCCAGGAGAACCAGGGGUCCUUGAGGGAUCCGCACUGCCCUGCUGCUAUACCCGAGGGGAGGAAGAAUCCGAGGAAGACUCUUACGAGCCCCGUGGUAAGAGCGGCCACCACCGGGGUGUGGAGAGCAACGGCCGACCAGCCAGCACACACUAUUACGGCGACAGUGACUACAGACACAGCACUCGAGCAGACAAGUAUAGUCCAGGCCCUGCGGGGCCCAAGCACCCCUCCAAGAGCCUGGCCCCGGCUGCCAUCCCCUCAAAGCGCAGCAAGCACCGGAAGCCGGGCAUGGAGCAAAAGAUCUCCAAGUUCUCACCUAUCGAAGAGGCCAAGGAUGUGGAGUCAGACCUGGCUUCCUACCCCUCCUCUGCAGUCAGCAGCAGCCUGGCCUCUCGAGGCAGGAAGUUCCAGGAUGAAAUCACCUACGGGCUCAAGAAGAAUGUGUAUGAGCAGCAGCGGUAUUACGGGGUGUCCAGUCGGGACCCAGCAGAGGAGGAUGACCGCGUGUAUGGUGGGAGCAGCAGGUCCCGGGGGGCACCCGCAUACAGUGGGGAGAAGCUGUCCAGUCAUGACUUCGGGGGCCGGGCCAAGGGAUACGAGCGGGAACGGGAGACUGUGGAGCGACUUCAAAAAGCGGGCUCCAAGCCCUCAUCUCUGAGCAUGGCCCACGGCCGGACCCGGCCCCCCAUGCGUAGCCAGGCCUCUGAAGAGGAGAGCCCUGUCAGCCCCUUGGGGCGGCCCCGCCCUGCUGGGGGCCCCCUUCCCCCCGGGGACACCUGCCCACCAUUUUGCUCCAGCCACUCCAUGCCCGACGUCCAGGAGCACGUCAAGGAGGGACCGCGGUCCCACUCAUAUAAGCGUGACGAGGGCUACAUCCUGGAUGAUUCCCACUGUGUAGUUUCCGACAGCGAAGCGUAUCACCUGGGCCAGGAGGAGACAGACUGGUUUGAUAAGCCCCGGGAUGCCCGCUCUGACCGGUUCAGGCACCACGGGGGCCACGCAGUCUCCUCCUCCUCCCAGAAGCGAGGCCCUGCCAGGCACGGCUACCACGACUACGAUGAGCCCCCCGAGGAGGGCCUGUGGCCACAUGAUGAGGGUGGCCCUGGCCGCCACGCCUCAGCCAAGGAACACCGACACCACGGUGACCAUGGGCGGCACUCGGGCCGCCACGCCGGCGAGGAGCCGGGCCGGCGUGCUACCAAACCACACGUUCGGGACGUGGGUCGCCAUGAGGCCCGGCCUCACCCGCAGGCCAGCCCUGCCCCGGCCGUGCAGAAGAAAGGUCAGCCUGGGUACCCCAGCUCCGCUGAAUACUCACAGCCAUCCCGUGCUCCGUCAGCGUACCAUCAUUCUUCCGAAAGCAAGAAGGGCUCCCGGCAGGCCCACCCCGGGCCCGCGGCACUGCAGCCAAAGCUGGAAUCCCAACCGCAGCCACAAGGCCGGCAGGCAGCCCCAGGGCCACAGCCAUCCCAGCCGCCGCCGUCCAGGCAGACGCCCUCGGCAACAGCGUCGCGCCAGCCGCAGACACAGCCGCAGCCACAGCAAGGUCUCGGGCUGCAGCCUCCGCAGCAGGCCCCAUCGCAGGCUCGGCUGCAGCAGCAGGGCCAGCCAGCUGCCCGGGGUCCGGCCCCUGCUGCCAGCCAGCCAGCAGGGAAGCCUCAACCAGGGACCCUGACAGCCACAGGCCCCCAGCCAUCAGGACCACCACGGACAGAGCAGGCGAACAGCUCUAAAGGGACCGCCAAAGCGCCCCAACAGGGGAGGCCUCCUCAGGCCCAGCCGCCGCCAGGACCUGGCCCUGCAGGCGUGAAGACUGGAGCCAAGCCUGGAGGGACCCCAGGGGCUCCUGCCGGCCAGCCCGGUGCUGAAGGGGAGAGCGUGCUCUCCAAGAUCCUCCCCGGUGGGGCCGCGGAGCAGGCCGGCAAGCUGACGGAAGCUGUGUCUGCUUUUGGCAAAAAAUUCUCCUCCUUCUGGUGACCAUGCCCUGCAGGGCUCUUGAAGAAAUGAAGGGAGAUGAUAUCAUUGCUGUGGAAAAAUCUCUGGAGCCAGAGGCCUGGGCGCAGCUCUGGACUCUGCGUAUAACACAUCUACAACCUGACAAACCUUCGGCCCAAAGACUCACAAGAGGUGGGACGUGGCUAUCGGGCCUCAGUUG